UCAGCUGUUCAACCUUGUUGUACACGCGUCCCGCUGUCUCGUCAGUCGCAGCCUGUCGAUGGUGUGUUGUUCAGAAAUCAGAACAUUACAUAUUUUUGUUGCAGACACAUAUGCUGCUGAAGACGCGCGCCAAGUCGUAACAAUUCAAAAAAAGAAGAAAGAAAAAAUGAGGCCGGAUGUGGCGGCAACACUGCCUUCCGAGUCCACAGGUCGCGGAAUCUGGCGCGGAAGAAGAGGUAACAAAAUUUUUACUAAUUCAGUGAGCCCCGAGGACGCCCGUGGCGGUACUACAAGGUAACUCGGUUCAAUUCAAGGCACCGAGGUUGGGAAGCUUUGAAGUUGAGCAUGGCUGAAACGGCUGGUCUUCUUUGCCGGAUGUCCGGGGGGUCCGGCGGGCGGGCCGGCUCAUCCCGAGGGACAAGACUCUCAAGUGCUCCAACGGGUAUCCAGUCCCCAUGGCGCUCCAUUGACGCAUUCACGUCGCAAGCUUCUUGAACCGUCCCCCCGAAUAAUUGUGUCCUUUGUCUGCCUCCCGUCGCGCGCUAUCGAGAUCACCGCGCACGCCGCAGACAGCACGACUCAAUGGCUGACCGCCUCGAUGCGAUUCCAGCGCAGCCCCAUGCAUCUGGUGGCCCCGGCGCGCCAAGUAUGUUAUGUAAAGCGUUGCGUGUUCGGCCGGGGUACCUGAGGGACUUAUUCGCGCAACACGCACUAUGUCCCACACUAGCGGGAUCAGCGAGCGAACACAACUCCUUUGUCUCCCAUCCGGGGCGUGCAUCUAGUGGGUCCGAUGGCGAGCUUACCAUGUGGGGCGGGGCUGUAUCUCCCUGUAUCUCCUCCGACGUUUAAUGUUCCUGGCCUUGACCUUGUGUGCUCAUAUGUGGUGUGUUACGAGUGACGGCGUGGCACCGCUCGGGGAGGAUUUUCUGGGGAUCGACCCGCGUACAUAUAAGAAGCUUGCUUGCGCGGGGUGGUGCACACACAUACCCGCUCCUUCUCGGGCUCCUUCCGGUGCAUACACUCAGCCAGAUUCGCCGCGAUGUCGACCACAUGUGAGAAAGCCUCGUCGGACUCGCUGGCCAAAAUACGCGACCUCCCAUUCGCGAAUUCGUCAGAGGCGAUGGCGCGUCUGCCCACUGCCGAGGAGCAGAAUACACUCCGCCGCGUGGCUGGCCGGAUCCCGUGGGCAGCGUACCUGAUCUGCCUGGUAGAGUUCGCGGAACGGGCUUCGUACUACGGAUGCGCGGGAGUCUUCGCCAACUUCAUCCAACGGCCACUUCCCGAAGGCGGCAACGGAGCCGGCGCCCCACCUAGAGGGACACAGGAGACUGCCGGCGCCCUGGGCCUGGGCCUCGUCGCAGCGACCGGGCUGUCCCAGAUGUUUACGUUCCUCGCGUACACGCUCCCCAUUGUUGGCGGGAUCCUCGCAGACACGCGAUGGGGCCGCUUCAAGACAAUCUGCAUCGGCACAGCCAUCGGCGCGGUCGCGCAUGUGACGCUCGUUCUCUGUGCCCUCCCAGCUGUCAUUUCCGCUGGCCAUGCGUUGGCUCCGUUCAUCGUUUCCAUUCUUCUGCUCGCGCUGGGCACUGGGUGCAUCAAGACUUGCAUUGCGCCUAUUAUCGUCGAUCAGUCGACCGUGAUGUCCCAGUCUGUCGUUGUCCUUCCGUCUGGCGAGAAAGUCAUCGUCGAUCCGGGGGCUACCAUCCAAAGCAUGCUCAUGAUAUACUACUGGUCGGUCAACAUCGGCGGCUUUUUCUCCGUCGCGACAAGCUACGCGGAAAAGAGAGUUGGAUUUUGGCUCGCCUAUCUGGUUCCCGGCAUCUUGUACAUGCUCAUGCCGAUCACUUUGGUCAUCGUGUAUCCCAAGCUUGUGCGACUCCCUCCGCAAGGAUCGGUCGUGCUCGAUGCGUUCCGGGUGUUUAGAACCAUCUUCGAACGUGCUGGACUGAAGGGUAUGUUGAAAGGCGGAGAUAACUGGAAUCUGGCGAAGCCGGUUUGUCGCAGCUUUGUGCUUGCGGACGGCGGAGUUUCCGUGAUAUUGGCCAAUCAAGGCGCGUCGAUGACCACCGAUGGGGCUCCUAACGAUCUUCUGUCCAACUUCAACGCGCUUACCAUCGUGGUGGCGAUCCCGCUCCUCAACUUCCUCGUCUAUCCCGCUUUGCGGCACGUCGGAAUCAACUUUUCGCCGAUCCGCCGCAUCGUCUUCGGAUUCCUCGUCACAGCAGCCGCGAUGGUCAUGGGGGCGGUCGUCCAAUGGCGAGUGUACCAGACCUCGCCGUGCGGAUAUCACGCGUCGACGUGCACGAUCGGGACGGGCGUCUCGCCGAUCUCGGUCUGGGUGCAGAUCCCGCUGUACGCGCUGCCGGCGCUGGCCGAGAUAUUCAUCAUCGUCACGGCAUACGAGAUCGCGUACACGAGUGCCCCGCGGAAUAUGAAAGGGGUUGUGAUGGGCCUGGUGCUGUUCACGAACGCCAUCUCAUCGGCGAUCAUGCUCGUCAUAUCCCCGGUGUUCGUCGACCCGAAUUUGAUCUGGCCGUUCGUCGCGCUGGCGGGUGUGCUGCUGCUCAGCGCGGUGCUGAUCUGGGCGUUUUUCAGGGACAUGGACCGGGAUAGUGUGUCAGUGGAGCGGGAAUAGACUGUAACCGUCGAGUGUAACGUGAAUAUUAUAGACUUUUGAGAUCCGCAACAAAUUCAAGUAUGGGAGGCCGCCCGCACAACGAGUGCUAGUUAAAUGACUGUUUAAACUUGGAGGUCUAGAGUUCAAGAUCAUCCUGCAGCCUGCCCCUUCGUUGUGUCAGGAAUUCUCGACACGGAGAGUAAGCGGUCCUCUACACCCCGCAAGACGCACUGAUCUGCAAGUGCGUUAGAAUUAUGUGUGCGGAACGAAUCUAGAGCUCUCUCCAGCUGGGCUGGAAGCUUGUCAUGAGCCACAUUGAACAUCCAGAUUGCGAUGCAGCGUUUGGACGUGGGCCCGGCGGAGCCUGAUCGGCCGAUCAACUUUGCCAUCAAGGGAGCUCCAUCGGGAACGCUCAACUUGAGUCCAUCCGCUUGCGCUUGGGCCGAAAGUCCGAUCCUAUCCGUCUCUUUGCGCGAACUUAUGACAUGUCUGUCACCGAUCGCUUGGGAGACCGUUUGGAAGUUACAGUCCGCAUGUUCGAGUCGGACGAAAACAAUUUCCGGGCGCUCGACGUUUCGUCGGGGACACGCGAUUUUGCAUCCGGGGGAUGCAACGGG